AUGGACCACAGAGGCGAGGCGGCGACGGUGAAAGAGCCGGGGAACAUGGACCACAGAGGCGAGGCGGCGACGGUGGAGCUCACCGACCUCGGCAUGGCCGACGUGGUCCAUGGACGCGAGGCAAGCAUGAGCACCGGCACGUUCCACGGCCAGCUCGGCGCUGCCACGGCGUACGACAACUCCGCCGAGUUCGCGUGCCAUGUCCGCGCUGCGUCCGCCGGCACGGCGCCUGUCGCCGUGUUCCACCGUGAACCCGGACCCGGCGUGGUGUACGCCAACAUCGGCGCGUCCUGGCAGCAGCCAGGCCCGCCCGAUGUGGUGCUUGUCGGCCACGACAGCUACUUCUACUCUGCGCUGCAGCCCCGCCCGGGCGCCGGACGUGGCGUGGUGCCUGCCGCCCUGCUCUCCGGCGGCCUCGGCGCGAUGUACAACGGGGAUUACGCGCUGCCACUCCGUCCGGAUGCUAGACACGGCGAGGUGCAUGUCGACCUGUUACCCGCCCCCGACGGCGCCGGACAUGGCGAGUUGUUUGUCGGCCUGCUCUCGGGUGGCGUCGACGUGGUGUACGACGACUACGGCUACUACACGUGGCAGCCCCGCUCGGGCGCCGGACGUGGCGAGGAGUUUCCAGGCCCCCUCCCUGACGGUGUCGGCUCGGUAUUCCACCACAACUCAGGCGACUUCGCGCAGCAGACUCUCCCGGCCAACGGGCGCGCCGGCGGGAUUGCUGGCGCGCUCCGUGACCCCAACCUCAGCGCAGGGUACGACGGCUCCGGGGCCUGGCUGACGACCUCGGCGCUGUGUAUGACAACCGCUGCAUGGUGA